CGACCUGCGGGGCCUCCUCGCCUGGGGCGUCCGUUUUUCUCUUCAGCGCUCCCGUGGGCCUCUGGUACUUGACUUCGAGGAUGUCCAAGCGCGCGGGGGAUGGGAGGACGGGAUCCCCUGGGCCUCGCCGCCCCUAGCCCCCCGCCUUAAUGCCCCAGGGCAGGCCCAGCUCCCGAGGUGCUCCUCUGUCCGUGUGUCCGCUCCUCUGCACAUACCUCGGGCUCGUCCCCUUGUGUCCCUCCCCCCGUUCUUCCUCCCUUUCCCCUUCUCCCCUUCGGCCCCUCCUGCUCCUUCCACCUCGCCUUUUUAAUAACUCAGGUUUAUCCAGCGCUUGGAGAUCAGACAUUCAUUACAGCCUUCUAAGGGGGGGGCAAGGAUGGGGGGACGGCUACUGUCAUCUCUACACCUGAGGAAAUGAUGAGACUUUGGGUUCCCCCUCCACUUCCACACACACUCCCUUUUUGUUUUGUUUUUAGUUAGAAAAAAUACAUUUAAAAAUUGUCCACCCAAGCCCUCUUCUGACGUCUCUUUGUGGUUCGGCUGUGACCACUGGCCCCAAAGUGAGGUACAAGCGCUGGAAAAUACUCCAGCUGGAAAAACCUGGAGGAUAAUUUCCGGCACCAGACUGGCUGCUGGCUGAGGACAGGUCUAGAAAUGUAUGAGGAGGAGCCUCACCACGUGAUGAAUGCUUUUUCCGGGCAAUGACGUAAAGAAAAAAAUAUUAAAUGGCUCUCCUUCCUGGGCGGUCUUCCUUUGGCUGCUGCGGUCGCAGAGUGGUAGAAAGGGGAGCAAGGGCUGCUAUUUAAACCUAAUGUAAAUAUUAAUUUUUGUGCUGUACACGUGAGAUCCUUCUCCAGCAACUGGCAAGUGGACAUACUGCUGGAAGAACUAAACCAUGGCAAUAUUAACGUCCUUACUGUAAAUGAAGGCAGAAAAUAUGAAGAAAUUGGAGCUGAAGAAUUAAAUGAGAUAGGCUCUUGCCUUCAAGGAGUUUUACUGUUGGGGUUAGGGUUCAAACAUAUUCGUAGAAAGCAAGACUGUCGACUAAUACAAAAUGAUGAAAAAGAUUGAAUUAUUUUCGAAUGACAACCCAAUGAACCCUGAAGACAAAUGAGUAAAAUCAAUAAAAACGUGAUUUUGGCUCUCUUAACUCUGACAAGUUCAGUGUUUCUGCUAUUUCAGUUAUACUACUACAAGCACUACUUAUCUCCAAAGAAUGGAGCUGUUUUAUCAGGAGCCAAAGGAAGUAAAGUUGGACACAAUAAUGCACAAUGGCGUGCAGUUAAGAAAUUUCUUAAGCUAGUAUCAAGCCAAGAUAUGCCAGUGUUUCUUAUUGAUCCUUUGGUUCUGGAAGUGAUUAAUAAAGAUUUUGAACAGGUUAAAAACUCUUCUUAUGGCAGUGUCUCAGAAUGCAAGUAUUUAUGUGUGAAAAGAGACUUUACUACAUUUGCACUACUGGACCAUCUAUUGAAAAAUGAGGAGAACUGGUUUCAAAUAGCUGAGAGAAUGGGAUUCCAGUGCCUAAAGAUUCAGAGCAAAGAUCCCCGCCUAGAUGGAAUAGAUUACCUGUCAGGAACUGACAUCCCCGUGCACUAUAUCCUCAAACUAGCAACUCAUGCCAUUCAUCUGGUGAUCUUCUAUGAAAGAAGUGGCCACUACCUCUGGCAUGGACAGUUACGACUUAAAGGACAUUCCGACAGAAAGUUUGUGCCUUUUCGGAAGUUGCAGUAUGGUCGUUAUCCAGGAGCUUUUGACUGGCCAGAAUUACUACAAGUUUCUGUUGAUGGACUUGAAGUACAGAUUCCAAAGGACCUUAACAGCUUUCUACAAGAAGUAUCACACUCUAGGUUUAUUGAAUGUAGGUUUAAAGAAGCGCGCGCUUUCUUUCAGAAGUACCAUGAUGACAUCUCUGUGGAGGCAGUGCUGUUUCAGAAGAGUGCAAAAAUGUUGUUACACCUGGCAGCUGCUGUAUUAAAGGAUUUGGGAGUCCAGUUUUGGCUCAGCAGUGGAACCUGUCUCGGCUGGUAUCGGCAGUGCAAUAUUAUUCCUUACAGCAAAGAUGUGGAUUUGGGGAUUUUUAUACAAGAUUACACAUCAGAUAUAAUUACAGCUUUUCAGAGUGUAGGAUUUUCACUAAAACACAAGUUUGGAAAGGUAGAAGACAGUUUGGAGCUAUCUUUCCUUGGAAAAGAUGAUGUGAAGCUUGAUAUUUUUUUCUUCUAUGAAGAGACUGAUCACAUGUGGAAUGGAGGCACUCAGGCCAAAUCAGGGAAAAAAUUUAAGUAUGAAUUGUACCUGUUUCCUAAAUUUACACUGUGUUGGGCUGAAUUUGUAGAAAUAAAGGUCCGUGUACCCUGUGAAACUAUCAACUACAUUGAAGCCAACUAUGGCAAGACCUGGAUGAUUCCUGUGAAGACCUGGGACUGGAAGAGCUCCCCACCUAAUGUGCAGCCCAAUGGGGUCUGGCCUGUGGCUGAAUGGGAUGAUGUUAUUCAACUAUACUAAGCCAUUGAACUUACUAAACAAGAUAUUUCUCCUUGUCAAAGUUCUUAAAUUUAAAAUUUUUUUGUUGUAAAAAUUACUGAGUUUUUGUCAAAUAUUCUUACUUAAAUGGAAGGAGGAAAAAAAGGUUCAGAUGAAAAAAAAUAUUUUUUAAAGCACCCCAGAUCGGUAGCCAGCUGACUUGGUGUCUAUUUAUCAUCUCAUUAGAUUUAUUCUUUAAGAUUAAAGGAUCAGAGAUAAUGAUCAGGAAGUAAAAUUUUUAGGUGUUAUAAAGUAGCAAGCAUUGGACAGCUACAUCUCAGAAGACCUAUUCAGACCAAAAGAAGCCAAAAGCUUGUUCCUAGCCCAAUAGAUUAGGUAGCUUCAUAGAUGUCUAACCUCAUGUUUUUAAAACCUUAGGUGUUUCUGUGAUGACUAAGGUGAGUGAAAAUAAUAGAGGAAUAUCACCCUCUCUACUCCCCAACUAUUCAGCUACAAGAUAAAAAGAUCAGAUCACUGACCUUUACUGAAAAUAGGCACGAUAUCCACAAAGUCCAGUUUUCCUUAUUUUAGUCUCUAACUAUCUAAAUGAAGGAAACAUAAGAACUGUUGUUUGUAUUUUUAAAAACUAUGGUCAAUCCAGUGCUGGUAAUCCUCAAAAACACCUUUAAUUUUUAAGUAUACUUCCAUUUGGCUGUGACUUUCUUAUAAUUCUGGAGUACAAUUCAGUUAAAAUUGAAUGAAAGUGGAUUCAUGUACUAGUAAAUCAGUCCCUUUCUCCUCCAUUUCUUAGUUUAGUAGUUUUCUAGCUUUCAGUUAAGAGCUCUAGUUUUUGAUUAUAUUUCACAGAUUCCCUUCCCUCUUAACCUUUUUCAGAUGGUUUUCUGUUUUAUCUACUCAUAAAUUAUGCAUAUUGUCUGUUCUUUACUGACCUUCCAGGAGAAACCUGCCACUUUUAUGCCAGUCAUCUAGAUGUUCAGGUCCCAGUUUUCCCCCAUUUAUUGUGUUUCCCCACAAUGACUUGACAACUCUUCUUCUGUUCCCAGGAUGUCUCACUCUAUCCAUCACAUUCCUGCAGCUAACUCUCCUGAUGUGGACCCAUACUUAGCCAAAAGCAGAAAUAAUAGGAGAUUUGGAUGGCAGAGUUGUUCUUUACCUAAGUUGUUUUAAUUAUCUAGACUUUUUUUUGUUGGUGAUAUUGGUUCUUAAAUCCAACAUGUAUGCUAAUUCUAUUAGUGCCAGUAGUUGAAAAUUGAUUAUAUUAGUUCCAACUUGCAUCCUCAAACCAGUUUUUACAUUCCUUACAUUUGCUUCAUGCCCUCACCCUUGCCUUCCUCACAAAUAAUUGGCAGGUGGAUACAUAGGUUUGUAAGAAGCAGAGAGGAAAAGAAAAAGAAGAAGAAGUGAGAGAGGGAGAAGAGGAAAGAAAGGAAGAUUUCCCCCUUCACUUUCUCCCCCUCCCUAAUCCAUCCAAUUUUAUCUAGAUAAACUAGGGGAUAGUCAGACUACAACACAAGGCUGAAAUCCUAAUUUAACAGUAUUUUUCUAAGUCAGUAUCAGUAAUUCAGUUGGUAAUGCUUUUGGCAAAGGACCAGCCCCAAGUAGAAAGCAUGGGUUUUCAGAGGUGGCCUAUUUUUGCUUUGGUCAUAUCCUUUUUUCAGACUUUUUGCUAAGAUUAUCCUCUCUUCAUGAAAUGCAGAUUGAUCAAGUUAUCCUAGUUGAUAGCUAGUUCUGUAACUGUUUUCAUGAGUGGUAAAAACUUUUGUAUUUCUAAUAUGAAAGAAUUUACAAUCUUACCUUUAAAAAAAAAGGACUUUAGACUCUCCAUAUGACUAAUUCAGAGCUUUGUUAAUAUUUAAUUAUAUUUUCUUUUCUGACAGCCCCACAACCGAAAGAUAACAGCUCUAGCCAUGCGGUGAAAUACUUACCUUAUGUCACAGAAGUGGCCUAGUAUUUCCCUACUAGAACUAGAUAAAAAGUGAAAUGUUUAAAUAUAAACACACAUAUGUAUAUAUUUAGAAUGAAGUAGGGUUUUUAACCAUGUACAGAAUUCAGUGUUUAUUUACUAAUUAUUUCAUUUUGUUAUAAAGUCUGUGGAUAUUCUGUUGUAUUAAUUGAUGUUUAUUUCUACUGAAAACAUUAUAUUGUGGUUUUGCACAGAAUUUUAAUAUAUGUUGUGUUGAAUGAUGAAUAAAAAUUUUCCAAUAUA